GCCAGGGGAGACAGCCGCAGGGAGGCGGAAGGAGCCGAGGACCGGCGGGUGGCGAGCGGGCGCGGGAGCCGGCGCCAGAGCGAUGGCGGCCAUGGCGGUCUCGGAGCCCGGGCUUCGCAGCUGGUCCCUGUGCCCCGAGGUGCCGUCCGCCACCUUCUUCACCGCGCUGCUCUCGCUGCUGGUGUCCGGGCCCCGCCUGUUCCUGCUGCAGCCGCCCCUGGCGCCCUCGGGCCUCUCGCUGCGGUCCGAGGCCCUGCGCAACUGGCAAGUUUACAGGCUGGUGACCUACAUCUUUGUCUAUGAGAAUCCAGUCUCCCUGCUCUGUGGUGCUAUCAUCAUCUGGCGCUUUGCUGGCAAUUUUGAGAGAACCGUGGGCACUGUCCGCCACUGCUUCUUCACCGUGAUCUUCGCCAUCUUCUCCGCUAUCAUCUUCCUGUCGUUUGAAGCUGUGUCAUCACUGUCAAAGCUGGGGGAGGUGGAGGAUGCCAGAGGUUUCACUCCAGUGGCUUUUGCCAUGCUGGGAGUCAACUCUGUCCGCUCUCGGGUGAGGAGGGCCCUGGUGUUUGGCAUGGUCGUGCCCUCAAUGCUGGUGCCGUGGCUCCUGCUGUGUGCCUCCUGGCUCAUUCCCCAGACCUCUUUCCUCAGUAAUGUCUGUGGACUUGGAAUUGGGCUAACGUAUGGCCUCACGUACUGCUAUUCCAUCGACCUCUCAGAGCGAGUGGCACUGAAGCUAGACCAGAAGUUCCCCUUUAGCCUGAUGAGGAGGAUUUCGGUGUUCAAGUACGUCUCGGGCUCUUCAGCGGAAAGAAGGGCAGCCCACAGCCGCAAGCUAUCUGGACAGCUUCAAUUCCCUGGAGGCUCUUGUCGAGCUUCUGGGCUGAACCCUGUACCUGGCUCCUACCCUUCGCAGAGUGGCCACCCUCACCUGACCCCGAGCCACCCUGUCGCCCAGAUGCAGCAUGCCAGUGGCCAGAAACUAGCCUCCUGGCCAGCCUGUGCUCCUGGGCACAUGCCCAGCCUGCCUCCAUACCAGCCUGCCUCCGGCCUGUGUUACGUGCAGAACCACUUUGGCACAGUCCCUAACUCCUCUGGUGUCUACCCGGCUUCUGCGGGUGCCUCCCUGGGGGUCCAGCCCCCCGCCCCCCUCAACUGCCCUGGCACAGUGUAUUCUGGGGCCCUGGCCGCUCCAGCGGCUGCAGGCUCCAAGGAGUGCUCGAGAGUCCUGAUCCCCUGACAGGGAGUUUCCAGGGCAGCUGUCUCACGUCUUGGCCUUCUGAAGAAGGUCCUCUCUGAGCUAAGAUUUUCUUGACAGUUAUUUAUUGAACACCUCUGUGUGCCAGGCUCUGUCUUGAGUAUUUUGAUAUGUGUCCCUAUUUCAGUCUCAUUCAUCCUCACGAUGCCUUUGUGAAGUACCGUUUAUUGCCCCAGUUUACAGAUGCAGAAAGCGAGGCACUCUGAUUACAUAAUGUCAGGUAGCCCUGUGGUGGCACAGCUGGAGUUCUUGGAGAGCUCUUCCCACCCGCUGUCCUGCCCCUCAGAGGACACCUGGGAGAAGAGGACUUUGGUUGUCAGUGGCUGCCAGUAGUUAAUUCCAGCUCUGUACUUCCUUCCUGCCAUUGUGCAUAAUGCUCUUGGUUAUAUAGUGUCGGCGUGUCUGUGUCUGCCCUUCAGGAGCUCCAGCUGGUGUGCUCAGCAGUCCCCAGGCCUGUGUAGUGUUUCUCCCCCGCAGUGACCUCCCCACCUGGACUUCUGCCCCAGAAGCGGUGAGACGGGCCCCUGUGAGCCACAGCAGCAUGCUGAUGGGUCCUUAGUGUUGAUGACCUUUGUAUAAAGAAACAGCGUCGAACCUGC